UCAUCUGUGUUUUUUCUAGUACUAAUUUCUCUGGAACGAGCCUUCGCUUUGAUCUGGCCGCUUCGACAUCGUGUAACAAGCAUCAAGGUUUACAUUUACAGUGUGGUUAUCGUUUGGUUCGCUGGGAUAGCAAUUGGUGCUUUUAGUUGGCUAACCGUGUAUGGGAUUUUUGUCGUAACCAAUUUUGUAAUCGCCUACUCGGUCGUCAUUGUUUUGUCGUUAUUUAUCAUUUGCUUGUGUUAUCUGUCAAUCCGAAAAAAACUUUACAGCCCGAAUCCGGCAAUCGAUAAAGCAGACUCCAGAAAACGCAUGAAACAAAACAUAAAAGUCUCCAAGACUAUCUUUUUUGUGAUAGGCGCGUCCAUUGCUUUUUGGGCACCAAGCAUGACAUUGUACAUCAUCAAAACUUUAGUACCAAAUUUGUUUCCAAGGUUUGUUACUUUCAUUUUAUUUAUGUUGCAUGCGACAAAUUCUCUUGUUAAUCCAAUGAUUUAUAGCUUUAGAAUGGUGGUAUUCAGGAAGACUUUGAAACAACUCGGAAACAAGUUAAACAUUCACAAGACAUCGAAGAAAUAUACAUUCAGUAGUGACCAAGCUUUGUAA